CAUAAACACAAACUUCAGGUUAGUUAAUUUAAUUUGCCGCUUUCUCCAGUCCGGCGGCCAUGGCAUCCAAGAGCACCACAACUCCACCACAUUCCACCGUGAAGUCACCAGCGUCACCACCAUCGUACAUGGGUGCAAGUGGUUUGAAGCACCAUGUGGUGGUUGAUGUGGUCUUGAGGGUCAUGCUAUUUGCUACUACCUUGGUUGGCGUCUUUGUUAUGGUCACUUCUAAGCAAACCAAGAUGAUACCAGUUGCGCCAGGCCUGGUUAUACCGUUGGAUGCAAAAUUCACUCAGUCCCCAGCUUUCAUAUAUUACGUUGCAGCACUCUCAGUGGCUUGCUUGUACAGCGUCAUCACCGGCGUGUUAUCAAUUUUAGCACUCAUAAAGCGAAAAGGAAGCUCCGCAGAGGUGUUGUUUCACUUUGUGAUACUUGAUGCCCUGCUAUUGGCAAUCAUGGCUUCAGCAACAGGAGCAGCUGGAGCAGUAGCUUACAUAGGAUUCAAAGGGAACUCUCAUACGAGAUGGAACAAAGUUUGCGACAUCUAUGAUUCCUUUUGCGGUCAUGUUGCAGCCUCCGUCGUUCUGUCAGCCUUACCAUCAGUAGCACUUCUACUACUUGUUUGGCUCUCUGUUUUCGUUCUUUCCAAGAAGAUCACAAGACAAUAGUGCUGUUGACACCAAAAAUGUUUCCCAUGUAGGCAUGUAUCAGUUUUUUGCUCGUUUUAUUUCCUUCCACCAUAGAAUUUGAAAGUGUACAUGUUUUUAUUUGUGUUGGUUUGUGUUUAUGGAGUUGACUAAUAAAGAUUAGGAAGGGCAAGACUGAUCACAUGAA